GGCGACCGUAUCAACAAAGUGCUUGCUUUCAAUACGACCUAGGACAGUGCAAUUCUUGUUUUUUCCUCAAGCAACAAAAUCUUCUCAACCAAAACUAUGUCUUCGCGCAUUUUCCACUUCUGCCUGGUGGCCACCACGCUGUCGUUGAAACUCCGCAAGGACGCGCCAGGCAGUGUGAUCGGAGGCGGAGGCGCGCACCGGCCGGGCGGUAGCGGCACGUCGGCUGGGGUGCCGGAUGCGGCCUCCGAUCCCUCCAUGGGUCAAGCCGGCGCCGGUGCCUACUCGGAAACCGGAUCCGUCGCUACCACCUCCGCAGAUCGCGCGGCAGGCAUGAUCAGCUCGCUGAUGGGCGGCGCGGGGCCAGCCGGGGCUCCCCCGCAGGAGGCUUCUCUCCCGGGAUCGGCCGGUGACGCUGCGAGCGACGACCGCAUCAAGGACAUUGAGCGGGACCUGAUUGCCGGCGCGGAUAUGAGAGAGAAAAAUGCAAAGUUGCGCAGCUACUUGAUGUCGUCAUGCUUUUUUAAGAAUCAGCAGAAUGAACCUUGAUACAAACAAAGCCUCAGCUCCAGAGGCGGCAUCUGCCAGUGCUUCAAUGUGCUGGCACUGGAUCAUCAGCAUCACAAAUUGCAGGCAAGUGCUUGAGUUUUUCCUUCUGAUAUUCCAGGCCUUUGACAAAUCGGCAAGCGUGGGAGAGACACCGGAGCAACGGGAGUUGCACAACGCGGUGAAAGCGGCCCUGGUGAGCUCGCCGACCAAGCUUGGAGCCUACCCGGUCGCAGGUGCGAGUGCGGGCGCAGCUUCCUUCCUCCGUGCAGUCUCCGGGAAACUUUCCCUCACCAAGAUGGCAAGCAUCGCAUAUCCAUUCUAAAUGAUAUGUCUGGGCCUGGAAAGAUGCAUGUUUGUGAUGCUAGCUCGUCAGUGUGCUUCAAAAGUCGUGUGGUCUUCUUUCGUCCACGGGGUUUUUCAUAAAGGAUGGGCACUGGUGAGAGGCCUUGCGAAACUUGUCCUGCUUCAGCGUACAUGGUAAGUACCAAGAACACCAGGCUGUGAUGGUAAUUAUGCAAAAGCUGCAUGACUGACACCAGCUUCUUCCCUGAGGACCCAGAGGUAUUUGCACUGCAUACCGUGACGAGCGUUGCCAAAGCCGCAGAGGCACACGUCGCCUCGGGAAGAGCCAACGCGCAGUGCGACCAAUCUAGGCAAAGAGAAAAUAUUGCAUCUCCGCGGAACGCAAUCUGUCAUGCGCUUCUUGCAGCUGUGAUGUGAAGGUGUGUAAAGAGAUAACGUGUAAAACCUAGCAGAUCCGGCAGAAGAAAAACACAAUCAAAAUUGUCCUAGAAAAAGACGCAAUACAUUUCUCCACUCCAUACAACCCUGCCAACCCAACUUCAGCGCGUGCCCCCAAGGUUGGGAAUCUCGUCGGGAUGGCUCCUGCGCGCAUCCGUCCAGCUACAGUGGCUAUUGCAACAAGCCGGUGCGUCCAGCGGACUUCUCUGCGGCGACGCUUGAGGAAUUUGAGGUCUACUGCAGCGUUUGUUUCCCCUGCUCUGUCUAGAGACUUCUGCUGAAGAGACGGCGCGUUUCAUUGUUCCAACAACAUCUUUGUCGCGGAUUGUUGUUUCUCUUCCCAGUAUUUUUGGCUUGUGAUGAAAUUUUUUCCUUUCCGUGAAAGUGAA